AUGGGGAAACCAUUAUUUUACGAGAUAUGGGAAAAGCCAGCUACAAGCUGUAUAAUAGGUUUAUGCAGUGUAAUUUGGUUCUGUAUUCAGAAGAAGAACAUCGGUUAUUCCCAUGUCGGCUUGAGUUAUGAGACUGCAAUUCAAGGUCACUAUUGGAGGAUAAUAACCUCAGCAUUUUCGCAUAUUAGUGUUGUUCAUCUUGUUUUCAAUAUGAGUGCACUUUGGAGCCUUGGGAUUAUUGAGCAGUUAGGGCAUAUAGGCCUUGGAGUAGAGUUUUAUCUCCAUUAUACACUAGUGAUGGUUGUUUUUUCAGGGAUGCUUGUUAUUGGUAUGUACCAUCUUUUGACACAGAGGUUCAAACUAGACUAUUUUCGAAGAGUCACUGCUGUUGGCUACUCUUGUGUUGUUUUUGGGUGGAUGACGAUCUUAUCGGUGAAGCAACCCUCGUUCAAGUUGAAUCUUUUUGGGUUUCUGUCCCUUCCUAUCAGUUUUGCGCCAUUUGAGUCCCUUAUCUUCACGUCGAUAAUUGUUCCUCAAGCAAGUUUUCUUGGUCAUUUGUCUGGAAUUAUUGUUGGCUAUGCUAUUGCCUGGGGUUUGAUUCAUGGGAUGAGCAAUUACUGGGCAAUAUCUAUGUUGGGUUGGAUUGUGGUUGUCUUUAUAUUUAGUUUGAAGAAGUCGGGUACAUAUAAUUUCAGCUUUAUCGAGAUUGAACAUGUAAAUGAUCCUUCCUUGCGUUUUGUGGCUUCAGGAAAUGGCAGAACCUUGCAGAUGGACGCCGUUCAAUACCACGGCAACUACGCGUCGCAUCUGCUUCGCGUGGUAGCAAUCAUCGUCACUCCGUGCAACGCUCCUAUGCAUGCUGUGAGCAAUGGUCCUGUGUUGGCAUCAUCACUUCUACGUGCGACUGUGAACGAUGCUCCUGCGCAAGAUAGUAUUGUCGGUGCAGAGUGGCAGCAUUGGAGUUCCGAGAAAGGGUGCCGGAAACAACCAGUGUGA